GCUAAGCUUUCUAGCCCAUCGCCUCGCAGACUGUCUGCCGCUUUCAUCGUAGAGGAAACACAGUUGCUGCCCGAGCCUCAGCCGUGUGCACACACAUGCUCAUUCAUUCUCCUCGUUUAAUGGUGUCAAGCUAUUAAUAUCUAUUUUUUAUUUUUUUAUUUUUUUUUGGUGCCACUCUGGGUCGGUUGCGUUCUCGUCCGCAAAACACCAUUACUAUUGUCCAUGUGGCACAAUCAUUAGCAUACAGAUGAGAAGUGAUCCGGUCUCGGAAAAAGGAAAAAAAAAAAAAAGGAAGAGAGAGGCAAGAGGUGCGGUGGAAAAGUUGAUUGGAUGAAUGAAGAGGAAUGGUGGGCGUUCGAAUGCAUUAGAAGAGUUUAGUUGUCAUGGAAGAGUUGUGCUCUCACGCUGUGGAUACUCAGAGAAAUUAAAGAUAGAUCACAGGGAGAUCAAAUGAAAAACCUGAAACAUAGUCCGGUAAUUUACACUGCGUGAAAUCCCCAGCGCGGAAUGUCUUCAUGAAAAAUUGAGAUGUCACCAGGAAAGAAAAUCUGCAGGAAAACCUAAGAAAAUGCAAUUUAAUUAGAAUUACAGAAAUUAAGAAACAGGACUCAACACCUUCGUUACUGAUUACUGAAAUCUGGAACAAAAGAAGAAUUACACCACCACCAGGACGUCUCAGACCUCCUGCACGGGCUCAUCAUCACUGUCAUUAUUCACCUCGGUCCACCAGACAAGCAGACAGUACUUCAAAUGCUCAGAUGGAGGUGGAUACAGACGAGAAACGGCAUCGCACGCGCUCCAAAGGUGUUCGAGUUCCUGUGGAACCAGCCAUACAAGAGCUGUUCAGCUGUCCUACUCCUGGUUGCGAUGGGAGUGGCCAUGUUAGUGGUAAAUAUGCAAGACAUAGAAGUGUUUACGGCUGUCCUUUGGCCAAGAAAAGGAAAACUCAAGAAAACAAGCCUUUAGAACCCUCACCAAAAAGAAAACCUUAUUCCUCAAGAACUGACAAUUCCUCGGUAGACGAGUGCUAUGAAACGGACGGCACGGAGGAAAUGGAUGAGAAGGAAGAGGAAGAAGAAUACUCCGAUGACAAUGAAGACCAGGAGGACGAAGAAGACGAAGAGUUAGACAGGGAUGAUGAAGACGAAAUUGAAGAAGAUGAAGAGGAAGAAGAGGAAGGAGAGGAGAUCGAAGAGGAUGACGAAGAAAUUGACUAUGAGGAAGAAGAUGACGAUGACCAAGACCAUCACUCAAUGGACUGUCACAGCUCUCGAAUAAUGCACGACACCGAAAAGGAUGAUAAUAAUAACGAUGAAUACGAUAAUUACGACGAACUGGUAGCCAAGUCCUUGUUGAAUCUUGGCAAAAUAGCUGAGGACGCAGCCUACAGAGCCAGGACGGAAUCCGAAAUGAACAGCAACACGUCGAACAGCAUGGAAGACGACAGCGACAAGAACGAGAACAUGGGACGCAAAACGGAGCUCAGUUUAGACUUGGACAGUGAUGUUGUUAGGGAAACGGUGGAUUCCCUCAAACUGUUGGCACAAGGACAUGGUGUGGUACUUUCCGACAACCUCAAUGAUAGGAAUUACAUGGACAAUUCAUGCCAGGAAGACACGAGGAAUAUGAACUAUUUGAUGUUAGGCAAGCCUACAAACAAUGGACAUGCCGAGAAAAUGGUGGAGGAGAGCGACGAGGAGGUGUGUUUGAGCAGUUUGGAAUGCUUGCGUAACCAAUGUUUUGACCUUGCACGGAAACUUAGCGAAACCAAUUCCGACAGAAAUCAGCAACAAUACAUGGGUCAGAGAAUGCCUAGGGAGGACGAAGACUAUUCCGAUCGAAUACCGGACAGGAAUUAUUCCGAUAUGAUGAACUUAAUGAGACUCGAAGAACAAUUAAGCCCCAGAUCAAGAACUUUUUCUAGCUGUGCAAAGGAGGACGAAUGCAUGGAAAGAGAUGAUGACACUACCUCCAUCACCUCAGACAGGUCAGAAGAAGUCUUUGAUAUGACGAAAGGGAAUCUGUCACUGCUAGAAAAAGCCAUAGCUCUGGAAAGUGAGAGAGCAAAAGCAAUGAGGGACAGGAUGGCCAUGGAAGCUGGAAGACGAGAUAGCAUGAGAAUGUGUGAUGACCAUACCAUGAGGCACCUCUCAGGGGAGGACAGAAGGCCAAAGUCCACUGAUGGCCAUGUCAAAAAGCCAUGUUAUACAAAAGAUCCCUCACGGUCCGAGAAGAAAGAGAGCAAAUGUCCCACCCCUGGCUGUGACGGCACAGGUCAUGUGACUGGCCUAUAUCCCCACCAUCGGAGUUUAUCAGGUUGCCCACACAAAGACCGGGUACCUCCAGAAAUUCUUGCAAUGCAUGAAAAUGUUCUAAAGUGCCCUACGCCAGGUUGCACCGGGAGAGGCCAUGUAAACAGCAACAGGAAUUCUCACAGAAGUCUUUCAGGAUGUCCUAUUGCUGCUGCAGAAAAACUAGCAAAAGCUCAAGAGAAACAUCAAAGUUGUGAUGCAUCAAAGUCCAGUCAAGCAUCUGAUCGUGUUUUAAGGCCUAUGUGUUUUGUAAAACAAUUAGAAAUUCCACAGUACGGUUACAGGAACAAUGUAUCAACGACCACACCUCGCUCCAACUUGGCCAAGGAACUGGAAAAAUAUUCAAAGACCACGUUUGAAUAUAACAAUUAUGAAAACCAUGCAUACGGAAAGAGGGCUAUAGCGCCAAAGGUGCAGUCCAGGGAUAUAUCUCCAAAAGGAUAUGAUGCUAAACGUUACUGUAAGAACUCCAGCCCAACAAGCAGCACAACGAGCAGCUAUGCCCCCAGCAGCAGCAGUAGCAAUAUGAGUUGUGGUGGAGGCAGCAGUGCCAGUAGUACAUGUAGCAAAAGCAGCUUCGAUUACUCCCACGAUAUGGAAGCCGCGCACAUGGCUGCCACUGCAAUCCUGAACCUAUCGACUCGCUGCAGGGAGAUGCCGCAAAACCUCUCGACCAAACCUCAAGAUCUCUGCAACAGGAAUCCUGACAUUGAUGUGGAUGAAAAUGGGACACUGGACCUUAGCAUGAACAAACAGAGACAACGAGACGGUUGCUGCUCCAUUCUAACUCCAUUGGAACCAAUGUCACCGCAGCAGCAGGCAGUGAUGAAUAGCCAGUGUUUCCACAUGAAUGACAGUGACUGCUGGGACAUACCAGUAGACUACACUAAAAUGAAACCCAGGCGGAUAGAUGAAGAUGAUUCCACAGACAUUAAUCACGAUGAUCUGGAUCCAUUCCACGAUGCCCUCGACGACAGACGGUAUCCUGGAGAAGUUACAAUUCCAAGUCCCAAGCCCAAAUAUCCUCAGUGCAAAGAGAACAAGAAGGACUUAUUAACAUUAUCCGGGUGCCCACUGGCAGAUAAGAGUAUUCGGAACAUGAUGGCCACCAGUUCACAGGAACUCAAGUGUCCGACUCCUGGCUGCGAUGGCUCUGGACAUAUCACUGGAAACUAUGCUUCCCAUAGAAGUCUUUCGGGCUGUCCCAGGGCAAAGAAGAGCGGGAUCAAGAUAGCACAAAGCAAAGAAGACAAGGAAGACCAAGAACCAAUCAGAUGCCCGGUCCCAGGGUGUGAUGGCCAAGGACAUGUCACAGGGAAGUAUGCAUCACAUCGCAGUGCAUCUGGAUGUCCUCUGGCCGCCAAAAGACAGAAAGAUGGCUACUUGAAUGGGUCCCAGUUUUCAUGGAAAUCUGGAAAAACUGAAGGAAUGUCCUGUCCCACCCCAGGAUGUGAUGGCUCUGGACACAUCAGUGGUAGUUUCCUUACACAUCGAAGUUUAUCGGGAUGCCCACGAGCCACGUCAGCAAUGAAGAAAGCCAGAUUGUCCGGAGAAGAGAUGAUGACUAUAAAGCAGCGAGCAACAAAUGGUAUAGAAAAUGAUGAGGAAAUAAAACAAUUGGAUGAAGAAAUAAAGGAGCUAAAUGAGUCGAAUUCCCAGAUGGAAUCGGAUAUGAUUAAGCUGAGAACUCAGGUACUGGACGAGCGUCCUGUUGCUUGCCAAGAACCCUGUGUUGAUGAAUACCAAUUUCAUAUUACAACAAUGGAGAGUAACCUGAAGACAAUAGAAGAGGAGAACAAAGUCAUUGAGCAGCAAAACGAGUCUCUUCUGCAUGAGUUGGCCAAUCUAAGUCAGUCUUUAAUCCAUAGUCUAGCUAAUAUCCAGCUACCCCAUAUGGAUCCCAUCAACGAACAAAACUUUGAUGCCUACGUGACCACGCUGACGGACAUGUACACAAACCAAGAUCGCUAUCAAAGCCCCGAAAAUAAGGCACUUCUGGAAAACAUCAAGCAAGCCGUAAGAGGAAUCCAAGUCUAAAAGGGAAAGGUUUUGCUCGGACAACGAACUAAAAGACGCCUCUUGUUUUCUGCUGCUGUAAUCUACCAGAAAAGUGUUAUAUAUAUUUAUUCAUUCUGAGACAGUGUUAUGCUUACAAGACUCCAUGAUGAUUUUAUGUCUUGCUUUAAGAAUAGUACCUGCUGAAUCGAUUUUGAAUACAUUCACAUUUUGUACGUUUUCAUAUAAGCUAACAUUGUGUGAUAUGCCAUGUAAUGUUUAUAGCUGCUAAUGUAUGCACAUUUUUAAGGUAAAUAUAUUUCUGAAAAACAAAAAGGGAAGCUGCCGAAGAGAAAUCGAGGGUAGAUUUUUUUAUGCUUUGUUGAUCGAUGUUUUAGUAUUUUGAACUGGAGAAGACAAAUUCCCCUAAACGGUAUUGCCAUCUGCUGCCACUUUCUAGAAAAAUUCAUUUCGGUCUCUGAAAACGGAAGAUUUUAGGCUUUGGAAGAACAUAUACCACCAUGCGCACACUGUUUUACGGCAAGCAGUAAAGUGAAAUGGCUUUAUUUUUUAAAAAAAGGACCUUUCUAGUAUAAGGCGGAAUGAUUUUUUACAUUUUUUAAUUUUGUUUCCGAUGCGGUCUAAACAAGUGGUGCAAAUAAAUGAGUUUCUUUUUUGUUGUUUUUUUUUUUGAAGAGCGGACAUUUGAGAGAUGUAAGAUAUACUUUGUUUGACGUAAGACAACAUCAAGCUAUGAAAACCUACUACAGGGGGGGGGGGAAGUCAAAGCAGCUUAAAAGCACUUUUCAUUCAUAAGUGAACUUCAUCUGAUCUCAAUAUGGGAACCUCCAUUGUUGAACUAUAUUGGAAGAGAACGUUGAGAUAAUUCCUACUGAUCUUUUUUUCAAACAGACUUUGGAGAAAAAGCCACUACUCACCCUCCAUUCCCAGAUCGACUCAUUUCCCUUUGAACUUGCGUGUUACACACACAACAAAUAUACUUGUACUGGAUUCCUGCAUUUUUGAUCGAGGAUGAAAGACACUAUUUUUAAUACAUUUUCUGUUGCCUUUUUUCAUUGUGUUUUCAUUUCAAAUUGGGGGUUUUACAGGUAAUGCAAAAAAAAAAAAAUAUAAAAAAUAAAACACAUUUCUGAUCCCUGGAAUAAUUCCAAAAAAGUAGAUUUAGUAGAAAAGAAAAGUAGAACCUUUUUACGUCUAAUCAUUUUUCCCCAUGCAGGUUGUGUUUGUCUCUCGCGACAACAAGAAAAAAAACAUUUGGAAUUUGGAUUGUUGUUGAACUGUCCUUCUUGGGAAAAAAUGUGAAAUUUUGUUAGAAGACCAAACUUUAGACAGCACUUAUUUUUUAUUUAUAAUUUAGCUUUUUUUUUUUAUUGUGCUCAUUUCAAUGCUGAAUUGUUGAAUUUAUUUAUUGUUUAUUUAAUUAUUUAUUUAUUUAUUUAUUUAUUUCAUGCAUUUAAUGUUAUUUCAACAUGAUUUAUGUUCUUCUAAACAACUGCACUAACCAUAUGCAUAAGACCACUUUUUAAGUCGAGGACGUGUUGUGUUUAUAAAGAUGUCAAAAAGGAUUCUUAUUUUUUAUUUAAAUCGCAUAUCUUUUUUUUUUUUUUCCUUCCACGUGUCGAUGUUAUGCAGAAAGUACAAUGUACUUUCAGAAUUUUGCUAUGAAAAAAAAUACAAAUGGAAAAAAAAACAAAAAAAAAAAACAAAGAUGGUUUUUUUUAAGAAAAAAAAAGUAAAAAAAAAAAAAAAUAUUUUUAGCAAAAUAGGACUUACAGGGUCAUUGUCCCCACAAUGUGCCAGUUGAUAAUUUGCACUUACCUUGUCCUAUAUAUCCAUAAUAUACGGAGGUGUGCAAUUUUUUUUCGUGUCUAUAGCCUUUGUGACACUGACGAGAAAAAUUUUAAAAAAUUACAAAAAAAAUAUAUUAAAAAAAAUAUACAAAAAUAAACAAACAAAACAAAAGGACAGAACAUACUGGAAGCCAUGAUGGCUGUUUCAAUACUAUCGCUAAAGGGAGGUUACAGGGAUCUCACAACUAAUAUUCUAAUACAAUACUCAACCUCGGUAUAUAUAUGUAUAAAUAUAUGUAUAUCCCAGCGGCACUUUAUACUAUUCACUGUACAAAUGCUAACAGUUUUCCAAGAGGACUUUAAUAACUAGCUGGGAGAAGAUUAUGUAAUUACUUUGGGGGCUUUGCAGUAUGUUCUCUGUAAAGGCCUGUUUUUUUGUUGUGCUCUUAGUCGUAGCGGUCAUGCUCAGAACUGCCUUUUCGAAAGUCGAAGCAAGGUGCUUGAUGUUCACCUUCUGCCAUAUCCAUGUCAUAUAUCGUCCCGAAAAAGGGGAAAAAAAAUACUCUCUUUUUUCGGGGUGGUUGACCAUUGUUAAUACUGGCAUUAGCCUUUUCCACGGCAUUGUGUCUGCAGCUUAUUCGCCAAUAUAGUAAUGCUUUCAGUAGAUUAAUAGAUAGUAUCAGUUGGGAAUAUUAUUGUUAUCACCUAUGUACAAUGGAAAGGGAUUUUAAGCACAAACCUGCUGCUCAUUUAAUGGUGGUACAUGAUACUGUAUCAAAUCAAAAAAAAAAAACUAUCUGUGACUAUUAUAUAUAGGGAUCACAAAAAAAGUGUCACAUAUUAGAAUGCUGAUCUUUCAUAUGGAAUUAUUGUGAGUCAUCGAAGUUUAUUAUUUAUUCUAACUUAUUGUUCAUAUUCAUUUCUAAGUUGGAUUUAAGUAAUCAUUUAUUAAGACAGAAUUUUGUAUAAACUAUUUAUUGUGCUCUCUGUGGAACUGAAGUUUGAUUUAUUUUUGUACUACACGGCAUGGAUUUGUUGAUGACAUUUUAAUUUUGCGAUAAAUGUGUGGAAUCACAAGUUGCUGUGAUACUUCAUUUUUAAAUUGUGAACUUUGUACAAAUUUUGUCAUGCUGGAUGUCAACACAUCUUACUCUAAAUAAAAGAGGAAAAAACAAUGCGUUGCCAUAUUUGUAGCACGGUGGUGGUGGGUCUAUGACCGGUCAACAUUUUCACCUUACCUAAUGUACUGGCAGCCAUAGCAAAUAAAUAUUCAGCUAAUAGUA